UUCCGCCGAGGAGCGAACACCGCCAGGGCGGAAGUAACUCGCAGCGUGUGGGCGGGGCCCGGAAACAUGUCGGCGGCGUUGGUACGGCGGGGCUUGGAGCUUCUGGCGGCGUCCGAGGCUCCUCGUGCGGUCCCCGGCCAGGUCAAGGCUAGCGGGACUCCGGUGAGGCGGACCCGGAGGGCGAGAGCCAAGGCCUCCCAGGCCCUGAAACUACGGAACUCAGCGAAGGGAAAGGUGCCCAAGUCCGCACUAGCUGAGUACCAGAAACGGCAGUGUCGAGACCACCUCAAAGCAAAUCUGAGGUUUAUGACCAGCAUGAGAAGCACCGUGCCAGAGUCUGCGACCCAGCAGAUUCUGCAACAGAACCAAGGCCGAAAAGCCUGCGAUCGGCGAGUGGCCAAGACGAAGACCGAGAAGAAGAAGAAGAAGGCGGCUGAGGGCACUGUGUUCACUGAAGAAGACUUCCAGAAGUUCCAGAGGGAAUAUUUUGGCAGCUAGACUUCCUGGAGGAAUGGUGGGGACAAAAGGCACUAACCUUUGACUGCCGAACCUCUGCUGUCCUGUGUCCCUGCAGUGCUGUGCCAAGGGAGACCAGCAGGUGGCAGUGCAAAUCUAGCCUGGCUCAGGAAGCCAUAUGCUGCUAUCCCAGGGACGCUGGAACAGACUGCAAGCUCUGCAGCAAAUUUCCCCUCAAACUGAAGCGGACUUCUGGUUUGGCAGAGCCAUCAGCAUCCUACCAGAAAAGGAGGGCUAUUUUGUUGUAAAACAGGGCCAGGUACUUGGCCAGCUCAGACCACACCUCAAGGAGCUGGAAGUUCAAAUAAAUGUGAGUUUGGGCAAAUGUG